AUGUCGAAGCCAUUUGAUCCAGAGACGGCGGAGAACUUCGAGGAUAUGGAGAAGCAGUUCGCCGUCAAGGCCGUGGAACAUCUGAUGACAUACUGGUCCAUUCUGGAGAAGGUCCCCGGCUCUAAACUGCGCCUGACGAAGAUGGAUGAUGAGAUCCUGGAGUCUUUCCUGAAGGAGUUCCCCGACUUCGAUCCGGCCGAGACGCUCGACGAAGAUAAGAUGAAGAGCAAGGAGGGCAAGGAAAAGUGGCGCAACUGGAUCAACCAGUACGAGAAGACCAUCGAGGAUUUCAACUUUGGAACCAUGCUCCGUGCCAGCCCCAAGGUCGAAUACGACAGAGAUACCACUAUCUUCGCCAUGCGUAUGCAGUUUUAUGCCGUCGAGAUCGCCAGAAACCGUGCUGGUCUCAACGACUGGAUCUACGAGCGGGCCCAGAACGCGAGGUCGUAA